UGGAACCCGAAUUCUGGGAACUCAAGAGAAUCCUAAACUAUAUGACUUAGUAUUGUUCUGGUAUAAAGAUCCCCGUAACCUAAAAGAGUUGUUAACUGAGUUCAAGAUUGAGAAUAGAGAAUUUGAAAACUGGAUCGAUAUUAUUCCGGUAGUUACCGAUGGUGGUUCAUUGCUACCAACCGACAAAAUCCUUGAGAAUAUAAUUGAUAAGGAUUGGUUCACUGAACAGAAAAGACAAGUUGAUUAUGAGCUUAGUGAAGAGUUGAAACCCUACCUUAAGAGAGAAAGAUUCAACCAAAUAUCUGAACUCACCAUCGAUGAAGGAAAGAAACUU